AUGAGCAAGGAAUAUACUGCUGAGGAGGUUUCGAAGCACAACACGCCUGAGGACCUUUGGAUUAUUAUCGACGGUAAUGUCUUUGACGUUACUGAAUGGCAAAAGGACCACCCUGGUGGCAAGAAGAUGCUCCAGAAGGUGGGUGGAAAGGAUGCUACCAAGUUCUUCCACAAGUACCACGAGCCUGCGGUGGUUAUGCGCAAGUUCGGCAACAAUUUCAAGAUCGGCAAGUUGUCGCCCAAUCCCGCUGUCGCCACGGUUAGCGCCAAUCCCACCAUGGCGAAAAUCCCCCGCAUCACAGCCUUGCCCACCAACGGCGAGGACGGCGAGCCUCUCGAGCAGUUUGGCGACAUGAUUCCCUACGCCGACCCUAUGUGGUACCAGGGAUUCCACUCCCAGCACCACGAUGAAAGCCAUGCUGCUUUGCGUGACCGCAUUCGCAGCUACGUUGACGAGAAAAUCUCCCCCUACAUUGACGAGUGGGAGGAGGCAGACGAGAUCCCCGCUUCUGUUUUCAAGGAGUUUGCUGAGGCCGGCUGGCUGCCUUAUGCUCUCGGCUCCAAGAAGUUCCCCUCGGAAUACGCUGAAAACAAGCAUGCCGAUAUUGUUCCCAACGAAAAGUUCGAUCCUUUCCACGAGUCCAUUCUCGGCGAUGAGUUGAGCCGCCCUGGUUCCGGUGCUCUCGUCUGGUACCUAGUUGGUGGCUAUAGCAUUGGUAUCCCCCCCGUGCUCAACUUUGCUAAAGAUAGCAUCAAAAAGCGGGUUCUUCCUGACGUCUUUUCUGGCAAGAAGCGCAUCUGUCUGUGCAUCACUGAGCCCUCUGGUGGUUCUGAUGUUGCUAACCUUGUUACCGAGGCCAAGCUGUCGGCUGACGGCAAGCACUACGUCGUUAACGGGGUCAAGAAGUGGAUCACCAACGGUAUGUUUGCUGAUUUCUUCAGCGUUGCCGUGCGCACUGGCGGCCCCGGCAUGGGCGGCAUCUCUAUGCUGCUCAUUGAGCGCACCUUCGAUGGUGUCUCUACCCGUCACAUCGCUACCCAGGGUAUGAAUGCUUCUGGCACUGCCCUGGUCACCUUCGACGACGUCAAGGUUCCGGUCGAGAAUUUGCUUGGCGAAGAGAACAAGGGUUUCCAAAUCAUUAUGCGCAACUUCAACCACGAGCGUCUUGGCUGCAUUACCCAGGCCAAUCGCUUCUCGCGUGUCUGUUAUGAGGAGGCCAUCAAGUGGGCCUUCCAGCGCGAGACCUUUGGUGUCAAGUUGUUCAAGCACGACGUCAUCCGCAACAAGCUUGCCCAAAUGGCCUGCCGCAUUGAGGCGUCCUGCGCCCUUGCCGACGCUCUUGUCUACCAAUCUUCCAAGAUGGAGGAGGACGAGGCUAUGCUGCGUCUCGGUGGUAACAUCGCUGGCUGCAAGGCAUUCUCUACCCAGACAUUCGAGUACUGUGCCCGCGAGGCCUCUCAGAUCUUUGGCGGUCUUUCCUACACCCGCGGCGGCAAGGGCGGUAAAGUCGAGCGUCUUUACCGCGUUGUCCGUGCUCUGGCUAUUCCUGGCGGUUCUGAGGAGAUCAUGUUGGACCUGUCCAUCCGCCAGUCCGUCAAGGUCCACCAGAUGUACGGCGCCAACCUUUAA